CUCCCAGAGGUCUUUGCGGCAGCGCUGUUGCGCACGGCCUCCUCCCGGGGCUCAGCGCGGUGCAUGGUGGGAAGGCAGAUCCAAAAUGGACCAUCACCACCAUCAGCACCGGGAUGCGCCGGGGAAGGCCAGUCGGUGGUUCGGGGUGUCGCAGUCGAAAUCGGCCAAAACGACGGCGAACAUCCUGCAACAAGAGGAGCUGAUAGCGCAGAAAAAGAGGGAGAUCGAGGCCCGGCUGGAGCAGAAGGCACGACAGAGUGCGAUGGGAAUCCAACGGCUGCCAAUGAGCGGAGAAGAUGAUGGGACUGAAAAUGAAGCUUCUGUUUCCAACAAGUUUGUUAACGAUGGCAGUUUCCUCCAGCAGUUUCUCAAGCUGCAGAAGGAAAAGUCAAGUACUGAACCUCCCCCAAGUUCUACUAAUAACUCGACAAACGCUUCUGCAUCAAAUGUUGGGAAGAAACCUAUGCUGUUUGGGAAGCGCCCUGGUCAGGUCCUGAGCAGCAUGCUGCAGCAAGCGAAGAACUACUCCCAUUCCAAACAGACCCCAGUCGUUAAUCGCCUCAGUGUGUUUCAGUCGCCAGAUGAAGAUGAGGAGGAAGAUUAUGAGCAGUGGUUGGAAAUCAAAGUUUUACCCCCAGAGGAUGCGGAGACUCGCCAAGUGGUGGAAAAGCUGGCUAGGUUCGUGGCUGAAGGGGGACCAGAGUUAGAGAAGGUCGCUAUGGAAGACUACAAGGAUAACCCAGCUUUUUCGUUUUUACAUGAUAAGAACAGCAGAGAAUUCCUUUACUACAGAAAGAAAGUGGCAGAGAUAAGGAAAGAGAAUCAAAGUUCUCAGGCAUCCUCUUCUCAGAAAGUUUCACCCCCAGAGGAUGAAGAGACAAAGAACUUUGCUGAGAAACUCGCCCGGUUCAUAGCAGACGGGGGUCCUGAGGUGGAAGCUAUUGCCUUGCAGAACAACCGUGAGAACCAUGCUUUCAGGUUUUUAUAUGAGCCAAACAGCAAAGGCUACAAGUAUUACCGACAGAAACUGGAGGAGUUCCGUAAGGCCAAAACCAGUGCUGCAAGUGCUCCUGUGCCUGCAGAACCCAGUCUGAAAAGGAAGACCAGUCCUGAGGCAUCUCCAUCACCCCUGUGCUUAUCGGCUCUGCCAUUACCUGCACCCACACCUUUGCCUUUACCCCUACCCAUCCCCGUGCCCUCACCUUUGCCCUUGCCCGUUCCCUCACCCUUGCCUGUGCCCUUACCCGUCCCCACACCAUUGCCCCUGCCUUUACCUGUACCCCCACCAUUGCCCUCACCUUCACCAUCAUCCUCUUCAACACCACCUAAUCAGACGGCUCCAACUACUGCUGCAACAACAACUGCAGCUGCAGCAGGCACUACUAAAAAGAAGCGGAAGAGCAGGUGGGGGCCAGAGGAAGACAAGGUUGAACUGCCCCUCCCGCAGCUCGUCCAGCAGUUGGAUUCUCCCUCCCCUCUUUCAGUUCAAGAUCUCAAAGGCCUCGGCUAUGAAAAAGGGAAACCAGUUGGUUUGGUGGGUGUGACGGAGCUCUCCGAAGCCCAGAAGAAACAGCUGAAGGAGCAGCAGGAGAUGCAGCAGAUGUAUGACAUGAUUAUGAAGCACAAGCAAGCCAUGCAGGAAAUGCAGAUGAUGUGGGAAAAGGCAAUUCAGCAGCACCAGCAUGGCUACGACAGUGAUGAAGAAGUGGACAGUGAGCUGGGAACGUGGGAGCAUCAGCUUCGACGCAUGGAGAUGGACAAGACACGAGAGUGGGCUGAGCAGCUGACCCAGAUGGGCAGAGGGAAACAUUUCAUUGGAGACUUCCUUCCACCAGACGAGCUGGAGAAAUUCAUGGAGACAUUCAAAGCUCUAAAGGAAGGACGUGAACCAGAUUAUUCCGAGUACAAAGAGUUCAAACUGACUGUGGAAAACAUAGGUUAUCAAAUGCUAAUGAAGAUGGGCUGGAAGGAAGGCGAGGGCCUUGGUUCGGAUGGACAGGGGAUUAAAAACCCAGUCAGCAAGGGAACUACUGCUGUGGAUGGUGCUGGCUUUGGCAUUGACCGCCCUGCAGAGCUGACUAAGGAAGAUGAUGAAUACGAGGCGUUUAGGAAACGCAUGAUGCUCGCCUACCGCUUCCGACCCAACCCUCUGAACAAUCCACGGCGACCUUACUACUGAGGAUGCUUAUUUUGGGGGACGACGUGUUUUCAAACCAAUUGUCAUUUUUACUGUGAAACGUUAAGAAAUCGCAUUAUCCUUCUCUUUUUUGCUGAUAUGGACAACUUCCUGAGGUCACAAUGGCAUCUCUCAGCCAGGAGAAAGGCUGCAAACCCACUCACAACAUCAUGAUGGUCACUGGGAUGAAGCCUGGGUGGUAUUCAGAGGGGGUGAGGAUGGAGAUGUGUCUGUUGAGCAGCUCUAAGGAUACAAAUAGUUUGGGGGCUCCCUUUGGGUGUAGCUCAGCGUUGUUACUGACCGUGGAUGUGUUUGUCACGUAGUGAUAGAUCCUUUGUUUUUUCAGAUCUGCUCCUUUUUAAUUGCAGAGAUAAACAGGGACUGUCUGACCCCACUCUGGGGACUCCUGCUGGGUCUUUAUUCCCUAACAAACUGAGUUUCUAUACUGUCACGAAGCCAGAAGUACAGUCUGACCUCCAAGUGCUGUUGCACAACCGGUGCCUACUCAUUUCACCUCUGCCCUCUGCAAGAGGAGGUUGGGAGCAACACGUGGAGUGUGAUUGCAAGGGCUGAGGUGCACAGGGAGGGGGGGGGGUUUCAUUCAGCUUCAGAGCCAACAGCCCUUAAACACUAAACACCCACAGCUUCUGAGCUGCCCUGCAAGCUGCGUGUCUGGCUAUGGGUGACAAAGAACCAGACCUUCCACCACGGGUUGUCAAAGGCCAUUGGGAUUUUGUUGUCAUAAGGAGAAACUUCAUUCAUUCAUUCUGUAAAUAAAAUUAAAGCUCGUUUGUUCCUUAGUUUUAAUGGCUGCCUCAUUGAACGGAGCAGUUCUGCUAUGGCUGCUUAUGACCUGAGCUGCUUCUGGGCCCCUUGUUUAUUUGUUUUUGCAUUUCUUUUCCUUCCAUCCAAAUAGUUGGGGUACGAUUCUCUUUUGUUCAUUCACUUCAGGGCAUCCAGCCCAGGGUUUGGCUUUCAAUAAAAACAACUGAAGCUAUCAA